UAGGGAGCUACGCUAGGUCAUUAUCAAGGCGCGAUUUUGACUUUCAUGAAGUCGCUACUGAAAAAAGCAUUAAGCCAAGUUGUUAUUGUACCGGCUUUGCCUGAAUCCCGGAAACAUGAGGUACGGACUAAGUCUAGCAAGAAAAACCAAAGUCGGGGUCAGCUAAGACGUCUUCGUAAUGAACUGUACCGUAAGCAUCAUUCCAAAAAAGUCACUUGGAAAAUCCUUUCAAGCAAGGACGAUCAUCAGUCUAAACCUGACAAACGCAAUUCUGCUAAACCUGAAAGAACCAGCAAGGCUGAUCCUGAACUGAUAAGACUUGCCAAACAAAUCAACCAAAGUAGGCGUGAAGUUUUCGGCGCAACGUCCAGUAGAGUGAUAAGUAAAAGAACCGAGAGUGUUCUCUUUAACAAAGAUUAUGCCAAUUUUAAGGAUGAUCUAAAAACUCUUAUAUGCUCAUAA